AGCCGUCAGCCCCAGGGAGACCCCGUGGGGAGACCCCCUGGUCCGCCCGGAGUUUGAUCUUUCUGUUGACAGCUGCAAUAGCGGGGGAAUUGUGUGCAGCCGGGUAGUGUACAUUUUAAAAUAUGACAAUACCAGAAAUAUCAAUUUUAUGGGGUAAGUACAGGGCAGGCAGCGACAGUCCCUCGUUUCACAAACCUUCGCUAGUCCCUCCUUGAGGUGAAUUAUGGACGAAAUAACAAUGUUGAGCACUCCUUGAGCUCGCACUGUCGGGUUUGUGCUGGUAAAAUGGAGGGCCCUGCCCGGCCUGGCCCCCCGAACGCAGCAGCAGGCUGUCGCUGGGAGAGGCUCCCGCUGCUGGCCCAGGCGCUCGUUGCGUCCCACGCCGGCGUCCGCACGGCCGCCGCCGACCUCGCGCGCUGCAGCUGGGCCUGUGCGGAGGCGGUGCGCGCCGCGCUCGCCUCCCCGCAGCACCUGGCGCGGGCGGUGCGCGUGGACCGCGGCCCCUCCGCCCCGCUGUUGGGAUGGCUGCUGGAGCACGGCUCCGCCAUGCCGCCGCUCAAGCUCUACGCGUACGACUCAUGCGCCCCCGGCACCCCUGUGAGGGAGGUGGUGUUGCACGGCCCCUGGGGCGAGUGGCGUGUGCACGGCCUGGAGGCCAAGCCGGGCAUGACCACGCGCGAGUUGGGGGACCUGGCUGCUGCCCGGCUGCCGCGGCGCCACAGGCACCAGCACGCGGGCCAUUUCCGCCUGGUGGUCGACGGCAGGAAGCAGCCGCAGCGGCUCAUGCUGGACGUGGCCCAGGAGGGGCUGCUGGGCGGCGGCGCGGCGCUGCACAUGCGCGGCUGGCCCCCGGCGCCCGGCCCCAACAGCAGCGGCAGCCAGUCUGUGGUCCUGAGGCCGCUGUACGUGAAGACGCUGACGGGCAAGACCAUCACGCUGCAGGACGUGCACUCCGACCUGGACGUGUACGACCUGAAGUGCAUGAUUGACGAGCUAGAGGGCAUCCCACCGGACGAGCAGCGGCUCGUCUUCGCGGGCAGGCAGCUCGAGGACGCUGACACCCUGGCGUCCUACAACAUCUCAAAGGAGUCCACCCUGCAUCUCAUCCUGAGGCUGGGCCACCCAGGCGUGGCGAUCCAGGUGUCAUGAGGGGCGGCGGCUGGCGGCGGGAGUGGCGGGUGGGUGCUGGCGGGUGCGGUGGAUGUGGUGGCGGGUGGCGGGCGGCGGGUGGUGGGUGAUUGCCUGCUGUGGGCGCGGCUGAAGGGGUGGCGGGGCGGUGGCGGAGCGGUGGCGGGGUAGUGGCAGGGAGGUGGUGACUGGCCGGGGGAGGGGUGACAUUCAUGUUCUUAUCAGGAAAAGGGGGCGGGGAAGAGGUAGGUGUAAUGACGGGUAUCUGCCCCGGACCUCUGGGACGUGCCACCUACUACCAUCCGUAGUAGCAGGGUGUGCCACGCGAGCUGACGAACAGCACGAAGUGCCGCAGCGCAUGCGCGGAUGUGCACAUGUGUGCAGCUGGCAAUCGCAACUUGAGGUGCUGUGUGAAUUGCAUCGCGUUGUGCUGCAGAUUCAUAACAUGCUUUGGGAAUAGAUGCGAUGGGACGGGGUAAGUGGCAGGAUUGCGUAGUCCCGUGGUGUGCACAGCGUAUGCUCUGUUGCCAGAAUGUUUAGGGCUGGGUAGCGGUACAAGUGAGGCGGGCAAGGCCCAUUCCCUUACGGCUCUAGGCAGAAAGAAGCAAUGGGCUGAAGUGACGCUGGAUGAGUGGCCAGUCUGGUCGGUAGGGUGGCCGGUGUGCUCUCAGGCUUGACUGCCAAUAGACCUCUGAUGAUGACACGAGCUCACGCCGUCUGCUUUGUGAACGUGUACAGGAUGCGGAAGACUGGCUACAUGCAGCAGGCCAGUCCCCACCACCCCGUGAGGGGCCGGGAUCAGUAGUCCUUACCUUACUAAUGUGUGGAAAUGGACGGUCUUAACUCUUCACUGUCCCACUGAGUGCAAUGCUAUUUCUGCCUGGAUCUCCUGCCGCACUGACCAGCUCUGGCUACACGUGUACUCCGGUGCCCCUCCCCUCCCCCCUUUGCCCGUGCCAGCCGUCCGUCAGCCCCCCUGGUCAGCCCGGAGCGAGCAGAGUGGGAAUUUUGUCUUUGUAUUGAAGCUGCAAUAGCGGCAUGUACUGGGAUGCCGAACAGCUAAGGUGCUGCGGGAACUGGUAGGAGCCCACGAGUUACGGCCCCGCAAUAGCGGGGGAAUUGUGUGCAGGGUAG